CAUCACUUCCGCUACACAGCCUACAGCGCGAGACACCAGGAAACUGCGCCGAAAGGAAAACUAUUAAAAACUACAAAAACCUUCUGAAAACUACAAAAAACUACACGACCACCACGAGGCCCACAGCACAGACUCCCCACGGCACCAGCACCGGGCCGAACCGGGACAGAACCGGGCCGAACCGGAACAGAACCGGGACCGAGCCGGGACUGAGGCCGAACGCCGAGAUGUCGGGCGCUCUGGUCGUGCAGUUCGCCGGUCGGAGGGCGUGUCCGUCGGAGCUGAUUCGCUGUCGGCGCACGGUGGGGGGGCAGUCCGAGCUCCUGAUUCGCUGGCGUCUCAUCUCCACGGACGACGGCGACUCGGAGGGCGGGGCCUCGGAGAACAGCGUCCUGAUGUGGAUGAGCGAAGAAGACGCACGAUACACCUGCCCCGACCUCGGCCCCCGACCAAUCACAGAGGAGGAGGGGCGGGGCAACGCAGAGGCGCAGGACCAGCGGGAGUUGUUGGAGCUUCAGGCAGAUGUUCGUUCUCUGGUUUGUCGCGCUCACAGACAGAUGCGUCCUCCCCGCAGCGCCACGCUCGGCCACACGGUGUCGGUGCUGAGCUCGUACGCCGCCAUUGCCGCGCUCGCACCUGUCUUCAGAGAGACAGGUGCCCUGGACCUGAUCCUGGAGCUGCUCUGUGAUGGCGACAGGGGCACGAGACGCAGCGCCGGGCAGAUCCUCAGAGCGAUGGCCUCCCACGACGCAGGGAGCCGGGCCUCGGUUCUGUUGGCUCUGACUCACAGAGAUCUGGAGUUGGACUUUGAAAAUCGUCUGACGCUUCUGGAGCUUUUUGCCGAAACCACCUCGUCUGAAGAACAGGACAGCUGCGACCACACGCCGCUGCCACAGAUUCCAGGUAAAGCCUUGUUCUCGUUGGUGAAGCGUUAUCUUCGUGUGACGUCGCUAGUCGACUCCGCCCCCCCGACGGACGCCGACCCCGCCUCCUGGCUGCGGCGGGAGUUUGAGGUUGCCAUGGCGACGGCGGCGCUGGUCUCAGAGCUGGUCCGGGUCUUGGGCUGGGACCGGACUUUGGUCCAGACAGAACCUCAGAAAACCAGGAAGUCCAUCUUCAAACCCAACAGCCAAUCAGAACGAAGCCAAAGCAUCGGCCAAUCACAGCGCAGCACUGCCCCGCCCCAGAAGGAGUUCAGGUCGGCUCAGGACUUCGGGUCUCGGUCUGAGUACGAGUCGUACCUGCAGCAGACGCUCCAACCUGGGACCAGAGUCCGGAUGAACCAGGACUACGAGGAGGUCCACACCGGAGACCAGGGCGAGUUCAGGACCAGCAACAACGGCUCCCCCCCGUGUCAGGUUCACUGGGACUCGUUGGGUCGGACGUACUGGGUACAUUGGCACAUGUUGGACCUCGUUGGCUCCUCCACAAAAACCCCAGACCAGACCAAGAACCCGACCGGAACCACCGAGUCCAGACCAGAGCCCAGAGAGACCCGACUGGACCAGGGGCUGCCCACAGAGCCCCUGUUGCUCCGCCCCUCGCUCUACACCUGCCCGUACCUGAGCGCGGGCGAGCAGAAGGGGGCGGAGCUUAGCACAGGUGAGUGGUGGGAGCUGCUGUUCUUCGUGAGGCGUCUGGAGGCGGGGCAUCAGGAGCAGGUGCGGAGCGUCCUGCAGAGGGCGCUACAGGAGGCGGAGCUGGACGACGGCGCUCUGAUCGGUCUGAGCGUGCCCGUCUCCGUGGCGACGCAGGUCCUGCACUUCCUGGAACAGAAUCUGUCGCCGUCGAGUCUGAAAGAACUUGAGCGAGCAAACUGCGCCGUGAAACUGCGAGGGGCGGAGUCAGAACGCACGCGCACAGGUUCCUGCUCAGAUCUUUGUUCUCCUGAUGCGUCUGUGGAGUCAGCCUCAAAAAAACCCAAGACCGAGAUGCCCUCAAAGACCCAGACCGAGGUCCAGACCGAGGCCCAUACCGAGGUCCAGGUCCAGACCGAGCCAUCUUCUGAGGACUUACCCCCAGACCUGGAACAAACCAUCUCUGUGUUCUCCGAGCGUGUGCAGGAGAAGAGGUCCGUCCUGGAGCGUUUGUCUGAGAUGGUGACGGUUCUUCAGGCGGAGCAGGAGACCCAGGCUUCUGGAGGAAGUUCUGGAGGAGGUUCUGGUUCUUCUUAUUCUACUCUGGGUCUCCAGCUCGCGGCCGUGGUCCUCAUGAUCCGGACUCUGGAGAAGGACUCUCCAGAGCGAGACAAGACCUUCACAGAGUCCACCACCAGGUCUCGGGUCCUGAAGCUGGUGGUGGACCUGCUGGGGUCUGAGUCCGAGGUCUUGGUCUGGUCUUGUCUUCGGUUUCUUCGCCGUCUCUUUGUCAAGUUCGAUUGGAGGGUGGCGUUCUGCACCGGGGGCGGAGUCUGUGCCCUCCUCGCCGCCAUGAGCCACGCCCACGAGAGCGCCAGAGUCCAGCAGGGGGCGCUGGAGGUGCUGCAGCUGGUGACAGGUGCGGGCGGGGCGCCCCCUGUGGCCGAGGGGCAGGUGGUGCGGGAGGUGUUCGCCAGCAUCAGCUCGGCCACGCCCCCCGGCUCCAGCGGGCUCCUGGGGGCGGUGCCUGCCGCGCUCCGCCUCCUGCUGCGGCGGCAGAGACGCGGGGAUGGACCCGAGGAGGUCCGGACCGAGGACCCGGAUCGGACCCGUGAUUCAAGCGAGGAGCGGGAGGGGCGGGCCCUGGAGCCCGUGUCGUCCCGUCUGGACGAGGCGCGGUGGAACCUGGAGUCGGGGCGCUGCGGCCUGAACCUGGUGCGCGAGCUGAACGGGACGCGCUCGGCGCCGGAGGAGACGAGGAGCGGCCCGCAGCCAGUUAGGUCGACGUCGAGGGAGGUCCGGGGCCCGGAGGAGCUCGCAGAAGAGGCCCGGGAGGGGACCUCGUCGGAGGACGGGUCCGGCCUGGAGCAGAUCCGGGCGGGGCUCCUGGUCCUGUCGUGGCUCCUGUCUCACUCAGAGCUGAAGGUGGCGCUGGAGGCGAGCGACCUGAGCCCGGUGCUGAAGCAGUGCGUGUCCGACUGCGUGCACCCGGCGCUCGCACUGAGCGUGCUCAGAACGCUCUCCUCAGACCAGGACUUGGACCUGCCUGAGUCCCAGGUCCGGACUCUGCUGUCGGGUCUGAAGGAGCCCGGAGCGUCAAAGGAGGUGAUCCAGACUCUGGAGAAGGUUCUGUGUGACGCCCAACCACAAGAGGGCGCCCUGCUGCUCCGACAGGUGACUCAAGACGCUGACGUUUUAUUGGACGUCGUGAGUUUGAUGGAGACGCAGAAAACAGACAAAACAGCGACGCUGUCCCUGCUGAGGAUUCUGGGGAAACUCUUGGACGGUUUUGACGAGGAGUUUCCGUGGCAUCGCGCCGUCGAGCCGAGUGUGAACGCCCUGGGCCUGCACCUGCCCGACCUCAAGGUGUGCCAGGCGGCGGUGGCGCUCUUGUUCCGGUUGGCGUCUCUGGAUAAAGACUUCGGGGUUCUGAUGGUCCGGUUUGGAGCCGGUCCACUUCUGGACCGGGUUCUGGAGAAACACGAGUCUCUGAAGAUGACCUCUGACCUGAAGGACCUGAUCCAAGACCUGAGCCCAAUCUCUGCUCUCUACAAGAGUCUGGGCUCCAGUGUGCUGUCGGGCUGUCUGCAGCUGGUCCUGGGUCAGAUCGAGGAGCAUCGUCGUUCUCAUCGUCCGAUCAACAUCCCCCUGUUUGACGUGUUCCUCCGACACCUGUGCAAAGGCUCGGGGGCGGAGCUUCGUGAGGACCAGUGCUGGGAGAAGGUGGAGGUUUCGUCCAAUCAACAUCGAGCGAAGAACCUGACCGACCAGAACCCCAAAACCUACUGGGAGUCCAAUGGGUGCUCCGGGUCGCACACCAUCACCGUGGUGAUGAGGAGGGGCGUGGCCAUCAGGGAGCUGGCGGUGCUGCUGUCCUCAGAUGACUCGAGUUACAUGCCGGCCAAGAUCAUGGUUUACGGAGGAGACGACAGCACCUCGUCUGCCCUGUCCACGGAGCUCAGCACGGUGAACGUGGCUCCCUCUGCGUCUCGUGUGGUACUGCUGCAGAAUCAGACUCGGUUUUGGCCUGUGGUUCAGAUCCGGAUCAAGAGGUGCCAACAGGGUGGCAUAGACACGCGGGUGCGGGGGCUGGAGGUGCUCGGGCCGAAGCCCACCCUGUGGCCUGUGUUUCGGGGGCAGAUGUGUCUCAGGACUCACCUGUUUUACUCGAGUAAAGCUCAGAGCUGGAGCCAACAGGUGCGAGCCGACCGGAGUCAACUGCUCUCCAUCUACCACAGGUUGAACUCCGUGUUGAAGUUGGAGCAGGCUUUCGCCGACCGUUUCCUGCCCGACCCCGAAGCCUCGUCUGCCCUGGGGCAGACCGUGUGGGACGCCUUGGUGUGCCCGUUGGUGCAUGCCGUGACAUCAUCAGAGUCUCCGGCGCUCGCCUGGCUGCUCUCUCAGUAUUUACAAAAUUCCGAGUCGUCGCGGCGUUGGAAAUCUCGGGCGGCCAUCUUUAAUUCUCGUGUGCGGCGCCUCGUGCACCUGCUCGUGCACGUGGACACCGGCCCCGCCCCCGAGCCUGAGCCCCGUCCCUCCGCAGAGUCGAAGCCUUGUGAGCGCAGCAGCAUCAGUGACAUGGCCCAGUGUUGGCAGAGCGUCGUCCAGCAGCAGGUGCGGGGGUUCCUGAGCGCCUGCCUGGGGGAGCCGCACCUGUCGGAGCGUUACAGUGAGCUGUACCAGAGCCUCCUCAGAUCCACCACAGAACUGUUCCACAAACACCAGGCCUUCACCGUGGCUCUGAGACAGGGCUUCUCCUCCGCCCUGCUGCACCUGUCAGUCAGCCAGGGAGUCGCCGUGAGCGAGUGCUUCGCCCGUCACAUCGGUCACAUGAUCUCUCAGGUGAGCGCACCUGGAGCCAAGGGGGAGGAGUCAGAGCAGAAGCUGCAGAAGUUCCUCGAGCCGAUGCUUUUCCUGAGCGGACUCGAACUCGCGACCAGCUUCGAGCACUUCUACAGGCGGUUCCUGGGCGACCGGCUGCUCCUGAUUGGCGGCGUGUGGCUGGAGAGCGCUGUGAUUGGUCAGAUCGGGGCGUGUUUCCCGGCGCGGUUGCCUCAGCAGAUGAUCCUGAACCUGAGGGAGUCCGAGGAGAUGCACCGAGAGUUCAGUCUGCACCAGCUCCACAGACUCGACCGAGAACUCGACCAAGACCAGGACUUAGACCAAGACCAGGACCUGACCCAAGACCUGGACCUGGACUUAGACCAGGAGCGAGACGUGGAACUCGAUUUGGAUCAGUUCAAGACCGACUCGGACCAGACUCCGGAGGUCGUGGUCCAGGUCUUGUCUCCUCGCUGUUGGAGCGUCUCGUCUCAGUUUUUCUUGGAUCAGACUCGACUCGACCUUCUGCCCAAACCCUUCCUGAAGACUCUGCACCUGUAUGAGGACUUCUACCACCACUAUCAGUCGAGUUUCUCUCAGACCGGGUCGAGUCCUCGUCGGCUGCAGUGGACGUCUUUGGGUCGGGCCGAGGUCCGGUUUGGGUCCUGGACUCUGAGCGUGUCCACGGUGCAGAUGCUGAUCCUGCUGCAGUUCAACCGCCACCAGGAGCUGAGUGUGAACGUUCUUCUGACCCGGACCGGACUGUCAGAACCUCUGCUGCUGCACGCGCUCCAGCCUCUGACCCGAGCAGACGGACCGCUCAUGUACGGACCGGGCCAGAACCAGGACCAGAACCAAGUGGUGUGCGUGGACCCGCAGGUGGCGCUGCGCUCUGAGCACGGCUCCGCGCACGUGAGGCUCGCCCCGGACGAGAACUACAGGAGCGCGCACGAGGACGCCGCCGCCAUCCUGGAGCGCAAGAGGAACUUCCUGUUGUGCGCCAUCGUCCGGGUUCUAAAGCAGGAACGAGAACUUCACAUCGACCACCUCGUCUACAAGGUGUUGGAUUUGUGUCAGAAGAGUCCUGCUGCUCCGUCCUCAGACCCCGGGCUUAGUCCUGGUCCAGAGCCUGGUCCGGUCCGGUUCUCCUGCUCCUCUGCGGACGUGCUGUCGUGUCUCAUGCAUCUCUUCAGUAAAAACCUGGUCCAGAGGAAACCGGACCGGCCCCAGAUCCUCGAGUACCUCCCCGAAGUCCAGACGCCCCCGAGAGGCCAGGCCCUGGACUACAGCCACAGCGAGACCAGUCUGGAGGACCUGAGUCUGGACUCUGGUCGGACCAUGACCCAAGACGAAGUCCGAGAACUAAUGCAGAAGACCGUCCAGCAGGUGGCGGCGGCGCUGUCGAUGGCGCCGGAGUGGGCGGAGCAUCUGUUGGUUCUGAACAUGUGGGACGUGGAUCGAGUGACUCAGCGUUUCACAGACGACCCCGAGACCCUGCUGCUGGAGGCGGGGCUACAGACACCUGACCCCGCCCCCUCCAACGACCCCGCCCCCGGCCUCAACGACAGUUUGUCGUCGUGUCCCGUUUGUCUGAACCCAGGGUCAGAGGACACGCCCACUCUGAGCUGCGGACACUUCUGCUGCCAGUCUUGUUGGGAGGAGUACCUGACGUCGAGGAUCGAGCAGAACCUGGGUCUCUCGUGUAACUGUCCCAUCACCGACUGCACUGCCCAGCCCCCCCCCGCCUUCUACCGACAGGUGCUGCAGGACGCCGACACGCUCCGACAGUACGAGGGCGCUCUCCUGCGCUCCUACGUGGACUCGUGUUCUAACUUGACCUGGUGCACAAACGGCGGCGGCUGCGACCGAGUCCUGAUGAGGCAGAGUCUGGGCGCCUCAGGUCGAUGUGGAGAGUGCGGCUGGACCAGCUGCUUCACCUGCUCCUUCACUGAGGCACACUUCCCGGCGUCGUGCUCGCACAUCGCCCGCUGGGUGGAUGACGGGGGAUUUUACGAGGGCAUGAGUCUGGAGGCUCAGAGUAAACAUCUCGCCAAACUCAUCUCCAAACGCUGCCCCCACUGUUCCACCGCCAUCGAGAAGAACGAGGGCUGUCUACAUAUGACCUGUGCCAAAUGCAGUCAUGGAUUCUGCUGGAGGUGCCUCAAACCCUGGAAACCAACUCACAAAGAUUAUUACAACUGCUCCGCCUCGGUCAGUAAAGCGGCUCGUCAGGGGAAGAAGUUCCAGGACUUUAACGAGAAAUGCACCUUCCAGCACCAGGCCAAGGACUUCGCUCAGUCUCUGCUCCUCCGAGUCUCGUGUCUCUCGGACUCGGUCCCGGUCUCGUCUCUGUCCUUCGUCCUGGAUUCCUGCCGGGUCCUGGUCCAGGCUCGGAAGGUUCUGGCCUACAGCUGCGUCUACAGCUACUACACCCAGAGCCAGAGCCCGGUCCAGACCCAGAGCCAGAGCCCGGUCCAGACCAGAACCAAGACCCAGACCCAGACUCAGACCCAGACCCAGAGCCAGAGCCAGAGCCAGGACUCGAGCCAGGAGCAGAUCGACCUCCUGGAGCAGCAGACAGAAGCUCUGGAGACGCACACCACGGCCCUCCAAGUGCUGCUCGAGGAGGCGCUGUUGCAGAGUCUGGACUUGGUCUCGAGUCUUCGUCUGCUCAAACAAAACCAGAUCUGCUCCGGACUCAAUCUGGUCCAGAGAGUCCAGGAGCGACUGAGGGCCAUCCUGCACCACUCCACUCAGGAUUUUAGAUUGGGCUGUGAUUCCAAGAGCCAAUCAGAAGGCCCCGACGCAUCUGAAGCGACCAAUCAGAGCGAAGCCAACAAAGAGUCGAAGUCGGACUCGGACUCAGACCAGGAUCAGGACCCGGAUCAGAACCGGGACCCGGAGGAAGACUACGACGAAUACGACGAUUACGACGAAGACGAGGAGUACGUCCCUGACUACGACUACGACGAAGACGACCUGGACGAAGAAUAUUACUCUGAUUACGACCAGGACUACAGCCACUACAACUGAACCGGGACUAAACCAGGACUAAACCAAGACUACAGCCCCUACGACUGAACCGGGACUAAACCAGGACUAAACCAAGACUACAGCCCCUACGACUGAACCGGGACUAAACCAGGACUAAACCAGGACUACAGCCCCUACGACUAAACUGGGACUAGACCAGGACUAGACCAGGACUAGACCAGGACUAGACCAGGACUAAACCAGGACUAAACCAGGACUAAACCAGGACUAAACCAGAACUAAACCAGGACUAAACCAGGACUAAACCAGGACUACACCAGGACUACAGCCCCUACGACUAAACCGGGACUAAACCGGGACUACAGCCCCUACAACUAUACCAGGACUAAACCAGGACUGUUCUUGUUCUAAAGUCGUUCGUUUGGACUUUUUGUGUUUUGAAUAUUUUAUGUAAAAAAGGUUGAACAAAAGUUAAGAAUCUGAAUAAAAGUCCUUUAAACCAAA